GUGCUCUCAACCUCCUUCAGUGGACGAACCCCUGUAGCGUUGCCUGUGAUGCCUGAGGUCGUUCCAAGUAGAGUUGUUAGCUUUACAAGUGAAGAUAAAGCUUUUCCUGCAUCCAACCUUUUAAAAGGGUCGUCAUUCUCAAAGUGGUGUUGUAUAAGUGGUGGAAGCAAGCAAGAAGCUGUAGAAUUGAGUUUUUCCGAACCUAUUGAAAUUUCACGUUUAGAUAUUGGGAAUAAUGGUUCUGCCUUUAUCGAAGUGCUGGUGCGAAGAUCUGCUUCAUCGGAUGACUCAUCGGUACUCCUCCCAUCCUCUUCUUUUAUGUCUCCAGUAGAUGCAAAAAACGAAACGAACCUUAACCGUGUCCGGGUAUUUAGUGGUGAUCAGUUUAUAAAAUCUAUAGCUUGCCAGAAAUGGGAUCUAGUCAAAUUUGUUUGCUCCCAACCGUUUAACAAAACCUUACAGUAUGGUAUUUCUUUCGUUUUCUUCCACACUCCAGCUAAUGCAAAUCUAGCAGCCGACGAUAAAAACAUUAAAGUAGACAGUUUACUCAAUGACGAAGAAUCAGACUCAACUCAAUUCAAACCAGGUUCACUCUUUCAGGCUUCACGCCAGACAUCCUGCGAUAAAGACAAUUCACAGUCCAAGUCCUCAAUUUCAGAUAAAUUAAAUGCUUUGAAACAUUCAGCUAAUUUAAUUCAGAACGCUAGUACGUCAAGUUCAUUACUUGUGAGUCGACCAGUCGAUCAUCAUAAUUCCUCUAAGGCGAGUACCAGUUCUCACCAGUCACACACAAGACCUUCUUCCACCAACACAGGUAUAAUACGUUCUUCACAGUCUUCUCGCAUAUCAAAGAACAAAGAGAAUUACAAACAAUCAAAAACCUCUCAUUCAACCCAAAAACCUUUAUCAAAUGUUAUUCUGACUUUGAGUGGUUAUCAAAAUCCCUUAAGAAGUCAAAUCAGAGACAAAGCCCUGGAACUUGGUGCCAAGUACAGACAAGAUUGGGGUCCAGAUUGUACACAUUUGAUCUGUGCAUUCCCAAACACGCCUAAAUUCAAUUUAGUUAAAGGUAAAGGUAUAAUUGUUUCCGAUAAAUGGAUUACACAAUGCUACGAAACUAAAAGUAAUGUACCUUGGCGUAGCUAUAGAGUUGGACGUGCACCUAGUCCACCAAAUACUACAUUAAAUCAGUCUUUAAAUGAUGGUGAUGAUGAUGAUGACGAUGGUCAGUCUCCGAAGUUCAAACCAUCAGUCCAUAAAACUAAUCUUAGACUACGAGGCAAGAAAAAGUCAGAUGAUGGCGACUGGCAACCAGGUUCUUCUGAUGAAGAAGCGGAUAAUGAUGACGACGAUGACGAAUUCCAGGAGACUGACGAUGAUGAGGAUAGUGGAGGAGAAGGAGAAGGAAGUGAUGAGAACUUAUCUGACGAAUCUAAUCGAAGAAGAAAGCGUAAAUCAAAAGCUGACAGAAAGAACCUACAAAAACGACCCCGCUCCACUACUAACGAUGGUUCUAAUGCCAAAAGAACCGUGACUGCUAACGAUCCAGAAGAUGAAAAUACAGAUGAUGAAAUUCAAAGAGUCAUGUCAUCCAGUCGUAAUCAGCUGUCGGUCGUUGAUGAAGAUGAAGAUGAGGAAACUAUUAAAAAAUCACUUAUGAACAGUCUUCCCGAUAUAUUUAUGAAUAAACACUUCUUUAUUCAUAACAAAUCAAUUCCUGAUGAUGAAGAAUCUUUAAUUAAACGAUUAAUUGUUGCGUUUGCUGGGUAGGUGGGUUUAGAAUAUUAUAUAUAUAUUUAUUUAUUUCAACUCACAUUAUUUAGUCAUGAGUACUUCGUAUCAAGUGAUGCUCCUUUGAUGUGUAAUCUUAAUUUUUUCAAUUCAAUUGAAAUAUUGAUAUUUAUCAAAUGUAACUGUAUAAAGUUCCCACGUUCAAUAUUUUUUACCAUUAGAUUGUGUUUAUGAAUAGUGGUUUACUAACUGAGGUAUGUGAGUUAUUAAGAAAAGUACCCUGGCACUAAUUGUUAUAUAAUAUGCUUUAUAUAGAUUAAUAUAUCAAUGUAUUAACGAUUGACCUGUUACAAAUUUUCCCUUAUUAUUAUCACAUCCUUAUAUAAAAAGUUCUACCGGUAGUGUACAAGCUAAUUUCUAUCUGUUUUAAUGCAACUUCUGUAAGUCGAUUCAGACUCGAUGUACCAUGUGUGAAACUUUACUCCUGUUGUGUAAAAACCCAGGUUACUCCAUGAUUGGCAAUAAUAACCACUACUUAAUAAUUUAGUUAGUAUUAAAGGGUCAGACAAAUAUGCUGACAUUGGUCACUACUCACUGGUCAAGCAUUAUUACUAAACCUCUUAUAAAAAGUAUAACUCAAAGCCCAUUGUACAGAUGUUCACAUAGAUAAAGUUUUAUUACUUUUACAUCGUUGCCAUAGAUUUAUUUUUUACUGUAUCAUUAGGUUUUUUAAAAAACAAAUGGAGCAAUUGAUCUAAAAUUAUUUCUACAUCUAAACAAGAUACCAAGAAACUAAAGACUAUACAAUUUAGUAUAUUGAUGUUCCAUACUUGUAGAUUGAGUGGUGUUGAAAGCAUCAGACAUCAAACUGAUACACUUUAUCUUUUAAGUAUCUGUAUAACUUUUUACACGACUGUUAAUCCCCAUUCCGUUUCUGACUUGAUGUAAUUAUUUUUACAAAGUGUUCGACUCAUCAUCUGAUUUCAUUAUAAUCACAUUACAUAAAUAUUUAUGUCUAUUGUCUGCAAUGUUACCUGGAAUAGAAAGAUGAGUAAAAGUAUAACGUACUGAUGGCCGUGAGCUAACCAAUCACAAUUAAGGUAACUCCUCAUGUCUUACGCGAUGUUUGAAUUAUAGUGAUAGAUAAAAAUUGAUAAUAACUGAUUUUUAAAAUGCUCGAAAUCAAUAAAAAUAUCUAUUAUCCAACCUGAUAUGAAUUUAACAUUGUGCUUUAGCUAAAUGAUAAAGCAUACCUGUUCUUAAGGAAGAUUAUGAGUCAAAGUGCUUAGUGUGAUUCAAUACAUAGUCAAGAGUGUUUAGUGAACCUAGAUAAUAUUCUCCCUUUUAAAUUUCUCUAAAUCUCAACCCUAAGUUCCUUAAAUUUGUAAACAGAAGGGUAACAAAGCAUUGCUUUAUAACUGAUAUCAUUUGGUAACCAAAGCUUCAAACCUAAUCUCUAAAUCCAACUGAAAACUCCAGCCUUACUCUUAAUAGCAACCCUAACCUAAUUACAUUACAACCAAUGUCAUGUGGUGACAUAAACUCGAUUAGGUGAUAACCCUACCUCAGAAUACCAGCGCUACUCAUAAUAUGUACGUAUUUAUGUAAACUUGACCUUUUUCACUUACUAUAAAGAAUAAUUUAUCUAAAUCAAGCUGUUAUUCCACUGCUUAUUAUUGUUAAUUAUCUUAUAAAGGUGUAGCGCUUCCUGAUUGUCUUAUUAGUCUUUCAAGGUCGCCAGUGCUUUAUACCUUUACCAAAAGAUGACUACUAAAGAACUCAUCUUUUUCCAUGCUCGAACUUAAAUAUUCUACAACUGAUAACAUUUGUUUCAUACAGUUCAUAAACAAAACUUACUGAGCUAUUUUCUUUUUUUAAAUAACAGAAGUAGUCUAGUGGUGAAGUCAUUUAAAAAAAAUAAUUUCUCAUCACCGUUCUCUUCCAAUUCUGAAUCGAAAUUACUUGUGAUAUUAAUCUAAUUAAUCAUUUUUUUCUUAAAUUUUGCAUUUAGUACUUAUGUGUUAAGCUGUAAGAAUUCCUUGACAUAGGUUUCAUACCAGUUGGUACUUACCAUUAGCCAUGUUUAACAAUAAUUUUUGUGUAACCGAUAUAUCUCCAAAUAUUCAAAUCCUAAUCAUUCAAUCUCUCAAUUAGCCAUAGAUUUUGUUCUAUUUAUUUAUUUAAACAUAUAAACAUUAGUACAAGAAGGCACCAAAUAUGCGCCACAAUUCGUCAUUUGGUUUGUAUGAGGGCUGGAAUACUACCCGUGUGCCCAGACCGAAGCAGGUGGUUUUCUUGGGGGCCACUUCUCGAACCUUUGGCCUAGAGGUCCCAAAGGCAGUGGCGCAACGUUAGGAGAUUCAGUUCCAUGCUAGUAGGUGACCAACAAUUGAUUUAUACACCAUUUGUUCUCCCAGGAACCUGGAGCUCAUGUACAUCAUUGGUUUGAAAUGAAGGUUUUCCAACUCACCUACGUGGAUUCUCCAUAUUCACCAACUCGGUUUUCGCGCCAAAUACUCGCUUCUCGUCCUCUCAAUUUCGUAACAAAACCCCUUCCGCGCGAAGGCAGUGAGCAGGAACUCUCUGACAAUUGCCAUAUACGCGUGGCCAUGUGAGAGCAUUCCGAGAGGGAGAGCUGACUCUCCUCACCCUCGGCCGUACCAGGGCAGUUGAAGCCCUUAGAUCUUGACACUAAGUCAUUCAAUUUACAACUGAUUUUCUGCAUGAAAUAUUCUUUAUAUAUGUCAGUUGUUAACUAUUAACCCAUACAUCUUCCUUCAGUUUUAUUCGUUAUACACAAAUAUGUUUUAGUCCAAGAAGUUUUAUGGAGCUAUGUUUAAUUUGUAGUUUAUAUUAGCCAUAAAUUAAUCUUACUGAAAACUUGUGAGUACUGGAUAUCUAAUUGAUCCUAGUAUGGGACUCAGUAGUGUGUACUCCAAGACCUUACCAGGGAUCAAACCAGGAACAUUCAGUUAUGUCAUAGAACUUUUAAUCAUUAUAACUACUUUGAUGGCUUCUAAUAGUUCAGUUUCAUCUUUUUUGUACAAUUACCUGUAGACUAUCAGUAAAGGUCCAUAAAUAUAUUCAAAGUAUAAUAAAUCCUUAUCAUGAACUGUUUUAUUUCCUUAAUCAAUAAAUUUCUGGAAUGUCUUCUCUAUUAAAUAUUCUAUAAAUUAGUUUCAUUUUUAAAAAGAAAAAGAACCACGCCUUUUGUUUAUAUUAUUUCCUUGUAUUCAUUUACAAGUAUUUUUACUGUGAUAUGAGAAUUACAUUUUAGUUACUGCUGUUAUUAGUACUAGUAUUAUUACUAUCUUUAUUAUCAUUGUUAUUAUUGUUAACCGCCUCUUAUCUCAUUCACUAUCUAUCACAUAAUGUCUAUUGUCCUCUCUUGUUUCU